CAGUUGAAAGGGCCGCUAAAGUUUGACGGUUUCGCGAACACAUGGUUUUCGCUAGGCACGCACCUACCUAAUGCUAAAUAUAUUGUAUCCAUGUACCUCCGACUACUAGGUUAGGUCGUUUUACAUUUUACGCACGCGGGAAUCGGCAGGUGCCUGUCACCGGAAUACACAUGCAACGCUGGCAUAAGUCAGUAGGUAAAUGUGGUUCCUAUUUUUACAUCUGAUUAUUACACAGCAGUCCGGGUGGUAGUGCUAACCCUUGCUACCUCGUUCAAUAUCGGCCGUCUAUUAUUGGAUGUACUUGAUCCUUUUCAAACACUUUUCGUGCGUACAUACGGUACCUACAUAGUACAUAUCCAAAUCACCAACUCAAUAUCGAAAAAGUUUCUUGGACGGUCAUACCCUGCGACGCGGAUUCUCGGAGGAAAACACAAAGACAAUAACACAAAGACAAUAACAGAAAGACAAUACAAACGAUAGCCCUAUUCUUGACAUCUCAGUUCCUUUGUAUGACAACUCGGACUAAGACAUCGUUUCUACUCCAUGGUCUGCACGACUAUACGCACAACGAAGUUAUUGCUUCCUCGAAACUCUCCUAUAUAAUACGCUUCGGGAUCUAGCAUUUCGUAUCGGAUUCGUAAUUAUGUCGAGAUCACCGCACACCCCUAGCCAUUCCCGGCAAAGUUCCGCUAUCGAUACCUCUUUUCAAAGCUCGAGUCCCAAUAUGUCGCCUCGCAGCCGACGCCAGUCGAAAUCCUCCUUUCAAGACCCUUUAACACCCCUACGCAACAGUAUGAACGAGUCUGAGCUUAAUGAUCUCAGCAAUGGUGGUAUGGGUCCGGAUAAUGGCCUUGGAAAUUUGGCUGAUGAGUUGGCUGAUGCUUUGUCUGGAUCCGGCGAAGAGGAAUAUUAUGAGGACGGGGAAGAACAGUCGCAAUUCGGAUUCGAUGAGGGGGACCAAGGUCAGGCGCCAGCUGAUGGGAUUAGGGAUAGCGGUGUUGAUGUAGAAAGCCAACCGGAGCACCGAGAAAAGACUAGGAACGCAAGCCUAGGCAUACCAUCUCCCCCUGCGCGCGGCCACCGACGGACUGGAAGCGUAUACGACGGGAGUGAAUAUGGUUCUGAAUCCGACUUGGAGUCGCCUGGCAUGCCGCCAAGUCUGGUUGCUAGGAUCGAUGCUGUAGAAUCCCUAGCCCGAAGAGGGACUGAAAGCAAUGGCAGUUCUAGUGACGCCGUGUUUCAACGGUUAACAGACGGACUGAAAGACCUGGGGUCACAGUCUGGUGUAGAGGGUAGCACCACGAGAUUAAUAACGGCUCACUCAGCUUUGGCAACACAUCUGGCGCAUCAGACGCGGCAGAUUCAUAACCUCACCUUCCCUCUAUUAUCUCCGCUAGUUCAGCCCCCGGAUCCCGAUACUAUCGAUUCCCUUCUGCCGCUACUAACUUCCGUCUCGGACGAAAUGCCGCGGCCCGCGACCUCGGCUCUUAACUCUCUAAGUGCUUUGCAUUCCGUAACGUCGGACCUCGUGCAAACGCUGAAUUACCUCUCCGACACACUGCACAUGUCACGACAAACCACAACCACCGCCGCAAGGCGGCUAAGAAUGGCCAAGGAAAUGGUAGCGGAGAUAAAACGCGAAGAAGAGUUGAAAGAGGAAGGGGAGAGGUGGUUGACGAAAGGUAACUGGGGCGAGAGGUUACAAAAGCGCGAGUGCGCCGGCGUAUGCAGAGAAGUCGUUGGAGGCUUCGAGGAAGUAUGUAACGGCUGGAGGGCCCGCCUAUUAGCCCAGGCAGAGUCGGCAUAGAAACGACUUGAAGCGCAGGGACACGCGUUCGUAACGAAGCCAGGAAGCAAGCAUAUUUUGUUUUUCGAGCAUAAUUCGGAAACCUACGUCUGUAAUAUGCGGCUGGGUUGGCCUUGUUAACUCAGACUUUAUUUUGUCUUUUUUUUCAGCAUUGCGGUGGAUACGUAUUGAUUACAACUCAAGAACCUGGUGGCGUUGAUAUCAAUUGGGCGGUUUUGACCGGUUCUUAUGGCCUCGGGAUAGACAUAAAGACUCGAAUGAAAGCACAGUACCCGACGACGGUGGUGCUUCGUUAAUAUACACAAUGGGAAUGCUCGCCGUCUUGGGUGUGGAACCUGUUGGUGGACUGUGGUUUACUCAUAUUGAGACUUCGCUUAAGAGCAGACUAGAUCUCAAUAGAUUAUAGGCUAGAGUAACACUGGAGUAUCUUGAUUUAGAACAUUGAGUUAUGUAUACUUCCUUCGGCUCUAACAUAAAGAUCUGAGAUUGACGCCAGUGAGAUGUAAGAACCGAAUCAUGCCAUUAUACGUAG